UACACACACACACACACACACACUUACACUCUUACAAACGGGAUUUAAACUGAGAACAAACAGGCAGGCGGCAGGGAACAACCCCGACGCCCCUUUCCUCGUCCGAUCGAGUAUUUCACAGAGUCAAAUGCCCGGUCCGAUGCAAGCUCUGUCCCCCAAUGGAGAGAACAACAACGACAUCAUUCCGGACAGCAACGGCACCAACAUCAUUCCCUACAGAAAGAACACAGUGCGCGGAGAGCGCGCCUACAGCUGGGGGAUGGCGGUCAAUGUUUAUUCUACCUCAAUCACCCAGGAGACGAUGAGCAGGCAUGACAUCACAGCCUGGGUGAACGAUCUGCUCUGUCUAAACUACACUAAAGUGGAGCAGCUGUCAUCAGGAGCAGCGUACUGUCAGUUCAUGGACAUGCUGUUUCCCGGCUGCAUCAGUCUUAAGAAGGUGAAAUUCCAGGCCAAGCUGGAGCAUGAAUAUAUCCACAACUUCAAACUCCUGCAGGCCUCCUUCAAGAGGAUGAACGUUGAUAAGAUCAUCCCUGUAGAGAAGCUCGUCAAGGGACGGUUUCAAGACAACCUGGACUUCAUUCAGUGGUUCAAGAAGUUCUUUGACGCCAACUACGACGGGAAGGAGUACGACCCGGUCCAGGCCAGACAGGGCCAGGACGCCAUUCCCCCUCCAGAUCCCGGCGAGCAGAUCUUCAACCUGCCGAAGAAAUCCCAGCAUGCCAUCAGCUCUCCCACCGCAGGAGCUACUAGAUCAACCAGUUCAACCCCUAAAUCCUCCACCUCCACCUCCACCUCCCGACCCUCCUCUGCCAAAAAGAUCCCUGUGAUGUCAGCAACACCUGCUAAAGGAGAGAAGGAGCUGGAAGCCCAAGUAACGCAACUAAAUGAACAGCUCAAUACAUUAAAGCUAGCACUAGAAGGAGUGGAGAAGGAGCGGGAUUUCUACUUUGGGAAGCUGAGAGAGGUGGAGCUGUUGUGUCAGGAGCAGGGCCAGGACAACGGGCCCUUCGUGGAGAGACUCAUGGAGGUGCUGUACUCUGCAGACGAGGAGGCAGGCGGAGAGGAGCAUGAGGCUCCGGCUCAAGAGGAGGACGUCCCUGACGACACACAGGACGAAUACUGAACAGCUGUCAAUCAAACAGACACCUGAACAUACAUGCACUCAGUCAGAAAACUGCUUUUGGGUUCAUUUCCUCCAACUCAUGACGGUUCAUUUCUCAUUUGCUCUGGUGAUAAAGGAAUGAGACAAAUUGGCCAAAUAUUCAAACGUGUCUCUUUUUUUCAUUUCGAAGCCCUGUUUAAUUGCAUCAUGACUAUUAUGAACAUCUGACAGCAGCAUAAAUGGUGAAUCUUGUUCGUGUGAAGCCCAUGAUAACCACCGCACAUCAGAUGUGACGUAUCAAACCAUUACAUUUU